CUCAGGCGGGGCGGCAAGGCGGCUUCGGAGGCUAAAGGUCCUUCGCGCGGAUCGCGGCAGCAGUCUCGGCGGUGGGAGUCUCUGUUUCGGCGUAAAGAUGCCGGCCGUGUCGAAGGGGGAUGGGAUGCGGGGCCUUGCCGUCUUCAUCUCGGACAUCAGGAACUGUAAAAGCAAAGAAGCUGAGAUUAAAAGAAUAAACAAAGAACUGGCAAAUAUUCGAUCCAAAUUUAAAGGUGAUAAAGCCCUAGAUGGUUACAGCAAGAAAAAAUAUGUCUGCAAGCUGCUUUUCAUUUUUCUCCUGGGACAUGAUAUUGAUUUCGGCCACAUGGAGGCUGUGAAUCUCCUCAGUUCAAACAAAUAUACAGAGAAACAAAUUGGUUAUUUGUUCAUCUCCGUGCUUGUGAAUUCGAACAGUGAAUUGAUACGUCUGAUAAACAAUGCAAUCAAGAAUGAUUUAGCUAGCCGGAACCCCACUUUCAUGGGACUAGCUUUGCACUGCAUUGCCAAUGUGGGUAGCAGAGAAAUGGCCGAAGCAUUUGCUGGUGAAAUUCCCAAAAUACUGGUAGCUGGAGACACCAUGGAUAGUGUAAAGCAAAGUGCAGCCCUGUGCUUGCUACGAUUAUACAGAACGUCUCCUGAUCUGGUGCCAAUGGGAGACUGGACAUCAAGAGUUGUGCACCUUCUCAAUGAUCAGCAUCUGGGUGUGGUUACAGCUGCUACCAGUUUGAUCACUACUCUGGCACAAAAGAAUCCAGAUGAAUUUAAAACCUCAAUAUCUCUGGCUGUUUCCAGGCUUAGUAGGAUUGUGACAUCAGCAUCUACUGAUCUCCAGGAUUAUACUUACUACUUUGUCCCUGCUCCAUGGUUGUCUGUGAAGCUUUUGAGAUUGCUGCAGUGCUAUCCUCCACCAGACCCUUCCGUUCGAGGGCGUCUCACAGAAUGUCUGGAAACUAUUCUUAACAAAGCUCAAGAACCUCCUAAAUCGAAGAAAGUGCAGCAUUCAAAUGCAAAGAACGCUGUACUGUUUGAGGCGAUUAGUUUAAUUAUCCACCAUGACAGUGAACCAAACCUGCUUGUUCGUGCCUGUAAUCAGCUAGGCCAAUUUUUGCAACACCGGGAAACUAAUCUUCGUUACUUAGCAUUGGAAAGCAUGUGCACGCUUGCCAGCUCUGAAUUUUCACAUGAGGCUGUGAAAACACACAUAGAAACAGUGAUCAAUGCAUUGAAGACCGAGAGAGAUGUAAGUGUACGACAGAGAGCAGUGGAUCUCCUGUAUGCUAUGUGUGACCGAAGCAACGCCCAACAAAUUGUAGCCGAAAUGCUGAAUUAUCUGGAAACGGCUGAUUAUUCUAUUAGAGAAGAAAUUGUACUCAAAGUUGCAAUUUUGGCUGAGAAAUAUGCAGUGGACUACACCUGGUAUGUGGAUACCAUACUGAAUUUGAUUCGAAUUGCCGGGGACUACGUUAGUGAAGAAGUCUGGUACAGAGUAAUUCAAAUAGUAAUUAACAGAGAUGAUGUUCAAGGAUAUGCUGCAAAGACAGUGUUUGAGGCUCUCCAAGCACCAGCCUGCCAUGAAAACUUGGUCAAAGUGGGUGGCUACAUCUUGGGAGAAUUUGGAAACUUGAUUGCUGGGGAUCCAAGAUCCAGUCCUCUCAUCCAGUUCAACCUGUUACAUUCAAAGUUCCAUCUGUGCAGUGUCCCAACUAGAGCACUGCUUCUGUCUACUUACAUCAAGUUUGUAAAUUUAUUUCCUGAGAUAAAAACUACUGUUCAGGACGUAUUACGCAGUGACAGCCAACUAAAGAAUGCUGAUGUUGAGCUACAGCAGAGAGCUGUUGAGUACCUGAGACUCAGUACCAUUGCUAGUACUGACAUUUUGGCAACAGUUCUAGAAGAAAUGCCUCCAUUUCCAGAGAGGGAGUCCUCGAUUCUAGCCAAGCUGAAGAAGAAAAAGGGUCCAAAUACAGUUACUGAUUUGGAGGAAACCAAAAAGGAAAGAAGCUCAGAUAUCAACGGUAGCACUGAGGCCACCCUUGUAAAUGCAAGCACAGCGUCUACUCCAUCUCCUUCAGCAGACCUGUUAGGUCUUGGUGCAGCUGCAGUCACAAAUUCUGUGCCUGCAGCAUCAAGUGGUAGUUUGUUAGUGGAUGUAUUUUCAGACAGUUCUGCAAAUCCUGCAUCACUUGCUCCUGGUUCCGAAGACAACUUUGCAAGGUUUGUUUGCAAAAACAAUGGGGUCCUGUUUGAGAAUCAGUUAUUACAGAUUGGUCUGAAAUCUGAAUUUCGACAGAACCUGGGUCGUAUGUUCAUAUUUUACGGAAAUAAAACUUCUACACCAUUUUUAAAUUUUGUUCCAACGUUAAUCUGUUCAGACGAUCUUCAGUCAAAUAUCCUUUUGUCACUUAUAUAAUUGAACUAUAUUAUAUUCUAGGCCACAAGAAUAAGAAUAUAUGUUACACUAUC